CUCGGCUCCAAACGAGGCCUCGCCUACCUGGGCGACACGCACGCCUCGGACAACAACCUCCUCCUCUCCUCCAACUCCUCCAUAGACUGGUACUACAACUGGUCCCCAGACGCAGUCACAGACAUAUCCCUCCCCUUUGUGCCUCUCCUCCACGGCCUGGACGACGCCUCCUCUUCCACCACCAUCAACAGCCUCAGCACGCUCCCAGCCACCUCCACGCACCUCCUCACCUUCAACGAGCCAGACGGCACCACCUCCUCAGGCGGCAGCGCCAUCGCCCCCUCGGACGCCGCCCGCGCCUACAUAGACGACAUCCUCCCCCUGCGCACCGCCUCGGACCGCACCUGGAACAUCUCGCACCCGGCCACCACGGGCUCCGACUCGGGCCUGGCCUGGCUGCAGGAGUUCAACGCCUCGUGCUGGGCCCUCAACCCAGACGCCGGCUGCCCGGCCGACUUUGUCGCCCUGCACUGGUACGGCGACUACGCGGGCCUGGCCUCGUGGCUGGGCACCCUGUACGACUUCUACGUCACCAACGCGUCCAGCGGCGCCGUCUCGGCCGACAUCACCUUCUGGAUCACCGAGAUGGCCCUGCCCCAGGAGAGCGAGGACGACACCGUCGCCAUGAUGAACCAGAGCAUGGCCUACCUCGACGGCCUGAGCUAUGUCGAGGCCUACGCCUGGUUCGGCGCCGACCGCAAGAGCAGCUCGUGGGAUAGCUAUACCGGCGGCAAUGUCGCCCUGUUGAGCAGUGGCGGCGCACUGACGGAUGCCGGUGCGUUGUAUCUGGGUGGGAAAGAGGCCGGCUUCAAGGAGGGC